UACUGCUAUAUAAUAGUUUGGCUUUGGAGAAAUAUCACAUUAUUCUGUUGAUUCUGUUAAUCUUACGUAGCAGCGUGUAUUAGACGAAAUGAGCGGUCGUGGAAAGGGAGGAAAAGGAUUGGGAAAAGGAGGAGCAAAGCGUCACAGGAAGGUUCUUCGUGAUAACAUUCAGGGUAUCACGAAGCCAGCUAUCCGCCGACUUGCCCGUCGUGGCGGUGUAAAACGUAUUUCUGGUUUGAUCUACGAAGAAACACGUGGUGUUCUCAAAGUUUUCCUUGAGAACGUUAUUCGUGACGCUGUCACUUACACCGAACAUGCAAAAAGGAAAACUGUUACUGCUAUGGAUGUGGUUUAUGCCUUGAAACGUCAGGGUAGAACCCUUUAUGGUUUUGGUGGUUAAAUUACUAUCACUGUGAUUAAGUUCUUACUUAAAAACGGCCCUUUUUAGG